AUGCGUUUCUCCUGCAAUCUCUUUCAGGGUGGAAACGUCAGUGCCCAUACGUGCCAUUUGGUUGGCAGUGCCUUGUCAGACCCUUACUUAUGCUUUGCUGCUAGCAUGUGUGGUUUGGCUGGACCAUUGCAUGGGUUAGCCAACCAAGAAGUCCUCAUGUGGAUUACUACUAUGCGCAAAGAGAUCGGCGAUACUCCCACUGACGAUCAGAUCAAGGAAUACGUGCAACGUAUGCUGAACUCUGGACGGGUGAUCCCAGGAUUUGGCCACGCUGUGUUACGCAAGACCGAUCCCCGAUAUACCUGUGCGCGUGAGUUCGCCCAGAAACACUUCCCUGAUGAUGCACUCUUCAAGAUCGUUAGCCAGCUCUACACUAUUGUGCCUCCGAUUUUGAAAGAUCUAGGCAAGAUAGCCAACCCCUGGCCGAAUGUUGAUGCACACUCAGGCGUAUUGUUGCAGCACUAUGGUAUGACUCAAAUGCAAUACUACACCGUCGUUUUUGGCGUUUCUCGAGCUCAGGGAGUACUGUCCUCGCUGCUGUGGGAUCGCGCACUCGGAUUACCUCUCGAACGCCCAAAAUCAUUAAGGACUGAUGACCUCAUGGCCAUGGUUAAAGCCAAAGCAGCCUGAAGUAGCCCUGUUAGCCAUACUCUUUCCUUGCUUUGUAGGCCAAUCAUGUUUCGAGUUUCGUCAUCUCUGUUUCCUACCCUUUCACUCUCCAUAGGUUUUGUUCCGAAGACGAACUUCUGUCUAGACACAAAGUGCGAAGGCUCUCCAGUGUGUAUGUAUAUACACAUCCUGUGCAUUUACCUCGCAUUAUUAUGGUCUUAUUUCGCAUCGUUCUUUCCUUUUUCUCGAUUGUAAUUUUGUCUGGCCACUGCUUUAUCUGCGCGCUGCUUCUACACCCUAGUAUUAUGUAGCCACACCUGUACCAAACUGAUCUGUCCCAUCAGGUCUAACCUACCCUCCUAACUUUGCACGCUUCAUCGUUCAUUUCUGUCAUAUCACCUUUAGUACUUUCUUUGGUAUUCAUAAGGUCCGCUGCACAUUUACACACUUUGCCCUGUGUCCAGUACUUCCACGAUAAUACAGACCAUUCUUGAGUCACCUCGGUUUUUUUUGUCUCCUGUGCAUCGGUUGCCUUCGG